CCGGGGCCGGGGCCGGGGCUGGGGCCGGGCCGGGCCGGGCCGGGGCGGCCCGGGCGCGCAGCGGAGGCCCCGGCGGGGAGACCGGCGGGGGCGGCGGGCGCUGCGCCGCGCCCCGGGACCAUGGUGUCGCAGCUGAGCGCGCUGCAGCAGGAGCUCCUGGGCGCGCUGCUCAGCUCGGGGGCCACCAAGGAGGGGCUCAUCCGCGCCCUGGACGACAUGGUGCCGGCGGGCGGCUUCGGCGUGAAGCUGGAGAGCCUGCCGCUGUCCCCCGGCGGCGCGCCCGACGCCAAGCCCGUCUUCGCCCCGCUCGCCAACGGGCACGGCAAGGGCAAGCUCUCCGGCGACGAGGGCUCCGAGGACGGCGACGACUUCGACACGCCGCAGAUCCUCCGCGAGCUGCAGGCGCUCAACACCGAGGAGGCGGUGGAGCAGCGCGCCGAGGUGGACAGGAUGAUCAGCGAGGACCCGUGGCGGGCGGCGAAGAUGAUCAAGGGCUACAUGCAGCAGCACAACAUCCCGCAGCGGGAGGUGGUGGACGUCACGGGCCUCAACCAGUCGCACCUCUCGCAGCACCUCAACAAGGGCACCCCCAUGAAGACGCAGAAGCGGGCCGCGCUCUACACGUGGUACGUCCGCAAGCAGCGGGAGAUCCUCCGCCAGUUCAAGCAGACGGCGCAGGGUGGUGGAAGUAGCCCGGGCAAAAGCAGUCGGGAUCAGCUGCUGUUUCUCUUUCCAGAGUUCAAUCAGCAGAACCAGGGGGCCGGGCAGCUCGAGGACGCCUGCGCCGAGACCCCCAGCAAGAAGAUGCGCCGCAACCGCUUCAAGUGGGGGCCGGCCUCCCAGCAAAUCUUGUACCAAGCCUACGACCGCCAGAAGAACCCCAGCAAGGAGGAGCGCGAGGCCCUGGUGGAGGAGUGCAACAGGGCCGAGUGUCUGCAGCGAGGGGUGUCUCCCUCCAAGGCGCACGGGCUGGGCUCCAACCUGGUGACGGAGGUGCGCGUCUACAACUGGUUCGCCAACCGGCGGAAGGAGGAGGCUUUCCGCCAGAAGCUGGCCAUGGACGCCUACAGCUCCGGGCAGCCCCCGCACAGCAUGAGCCUGCUGCUCUCCCACGGCUCCCCCCACCACAGCCAGCCCAGCGCCUCGCCCCCCGGCAAGAUGCCAGGAGUGCGGUACAGCCAGGCGGCGAGCGGCGAGGCGGCGUCCUCCGGGGCCAUCAGCCACCACGGCAGCGGUGCCAUGGUGACCGGCAGCCAGGCCGUGCUGCAGCAGGUCUCCCCGGCCGCCCUGGACCCGGGCCACGGUUUGCUCUCGCCCGACGGCAAAAUGAUCUCCGUCUCGGGGGGCGGGCUGCCCCCGGUGAGCACCCUGACCAACAUCCACAGCUUGUCCCACCACAACCCGCAGCAGUCCCAGAACCUCAUCAUGACCCCGCUCUCCGGCGUCAUGGCCAUCGCACAGAGUCUGAACACGUCGCAGGCGCAGAGCGUGCCGGUCAUCAACAGCGUGGCGGGGAGCCUGGCCGCGCUGCAGCCCGUGCAGUUCCCCCAGCAGCUCCACAGCCCGCACCAGCAGCCGCUCAUGCAGCAGUCGCCCGGCCCCAUGGCGCAGCAGCCCUUCAUGGCCACCGUGACGCAGCUGCAGAACUCGCACAUGUACGCGCACAAGCAGGAGCCCCCCCAGUAUUCGCACACCUCCCGCUUCCCCUCGGCCAUGGUGGUGACCGACACCAGCAGCAUCAGUACCUUAACCAAUAUGUCUUCCAGUAAGCAGUGUCCCCUGCAAGCCUGGUGAUGCUCCACACUCCACUUGCUUCGCACCUAGCAACCGGACCGGCUUUUCCACCCCGUCCCGGCGGAGCCCGGCAGCUCCGCGGCCCUGCGGCGAGCCCGAUGCUCCCCUCCGCGCAGUAUUUCCGAGACGAGUCUCGAGGAUUUGCUCUGAAGUAUUUGCCUCCGACGAGGCCACUGGCUCUCCUGGGAAAAUAGGGACAAACCGUACCGAGAACGGGCGGAAGAGGGAAGACCGAUGGUAUUUAAGUUAUACGCCUUCGCCGAGGGACCGAGGGGGACGCGGAGCUGUUACCUGGCGUGCGGAAGGAGGAAUCGCCUGUGCUGCCGAACUGAGCCAAUUAAACUGUAAAUAUAGGUACAGCCUGCUCCAGCCGACCCCUCCCCGUCUCCUAUACAUAGAGAUUUAUAUAAAAGAGGUGAAUUUUGUCCAAUGGAUGUAAACUACUGUAAUUAAGUGCAAUUCCCCCACCUGUAUAUAUUGUUCCCAAACCUCUUCUUUUUUUUUUUGGUAAAGGUCAGAGCUGAGCGUAGGUUUGGUUUUGUAUAUCUGCCCUUUCUGGAAAUGAAUUAACUCGGGAGGAAGCCCCGGGAAACCCACCGCUGUGUGCGAGAGGUGCGGGGCGGCGGAGCCGCUUUCCCCGGCGCCGGGGAGCAGCGGGGUCUGCGUUGGCUCCCUUCGGAGAGGACCGCCACCCUCCCGCGCGCCCGGUAGUAAACCGCUAGGAACAGACCCUCGGCAGCAGGCGAGGGUGCAAAACCACCAAACUGCAGCGGUCGCCUCUCCCGCGCCGGGUCGAGGGCGAGGGGGGUCUCCUUCGGCCCUCCGGCAGCUUCGGAGCGGGGGUCAGAGCGCUGCCGCUCCCCUGCCGUCGGAGGAGAGGCUUCGAGGCGGGAUCCGCGGGCUGCGCAUCGGCACAGCGCUGCGCUCGGUGCGACGUCCCCAUCGGCAGCCGCCGAGGACACGGGGCUGCGGACCUUCAACAGCCCUGGGGCGACUCAGGAGCCCAAGUCCGACUUCCAAGAGUUGGAAGAAGCAGCUCGUGGGACGCAAGCUCCCCCGCACCUGCAGCCCUUCCACGCCGAUGUAAGGCUCCCAGGCUGUGCCAUCUCUUCCGAAGCUUCGCAGCACGUGCCAGGCGCUGUGAGCGGUUAGGGAGGUGACGACCAGUGGAGGUACCCGUGGACAGACGACCAGUGCUAAACAGAAAACCCUGGAUGCUUGCUUUGGGGCAAGGAAGGCUCUUUGACUCUGUGUUUGUACGAUGUCUAGCACAGCGGGACCCUAAUCCUUGCUGGGACUGAUAGGAGUUGCCCUAAGGUAAAUAAGUCAUCACGAAUUGGAGACCAAUAUGCAGAAUGACAUUUAAUUUAAUGUAUACCAUAAUUAAAUACCAUUUCUCUGG